UGUCAAAAAUCAGUCGCAGGCGCGCUCUCGUCGCAAUCGGACGUGUUCUCCCUCCUAGGGUUGCCGCGUGAUUUUCAUAUCACCAUCACUGAAAGUCCAGGGUGUGUGUGCACUUUUUCUGUUUAUCCUAAUUUAACUGCUAGCUAAAUUAUUACACCGGCUGUGCUACAUUGUUGCAAAUCUGUGAGCUUUAAAUUUACGUUCCCGUGUCACCAUCGUUCACGACUGUACGAGCUAGGCGACGGUCGAAAGCCAGUGGUUGAAAUUAAGUGAAUUUUAAUGAUGCGACGAGUGUGUGAAAGUGCCAAAACGUAAAAGGGGAAAUCAUCGAAAAUUAUGUUCACGGGUUCGCUCAAAGUCAGUCAACGACGUUUGAAAUGAUAGUAAAAAUGCAAUGAGCAGGAAGGCGCUUAAAAAAUAAAAAAAUCAAAUGGAAAUCAAAUCGCUGAACUUAACCUCAAUUUUUUCCACUAGUAGUGACCACAACAAAACAACAUACAGUAUGAUCUAAUGUAGAGCGUGUAGUUACUUUUGUAUGUUUUGUUCACUGUGUUUAUCUUGCGGUUUAUCGAUGCCUGUAGGUUUUCGGCAGCCUGCCAAUCGUCAUUAGUGGUAAUUGCUGGCGUUCGCAAUUUCGUCACUGCUACUCAAUUCCCGUCAGCCAGGGAAUAGAGGUCAAAGUCGAAGUUUAAACUACCCAGCCAUUGGAAAAGGGAGCACAGCUAUUUCCUUACCGUCCCUUCGUUACAUAAUUUGUAAUUGAUUCAAACGGGAAACUACUGUAACGUGGCCAACCCCAUCCGUUCGGCACAAUGUCUUCGUUCGGCGUCUGGGACUACGUGGUGUUCAUCGCCAUGCUGCUGGUGUCGGCCGGCAUCGGGGUCUACUACAGGUUCUCUGGUGGCAAGCAGAAAACCACAACGGAAUACCUGCUAGCUGACCGGAACAUGUCCAUCUGGCCCGUCUCGUUCAGCUUGAUGGCCAGCUUCAUGUCGGCCAUCACUCUGCUGGGCGUCUCCAACGAGAACUACCAAUUCGGGACGCAGUUCGUGGUGAUCAACUUCUCCUACGGGCUGGCAACUCCGAUUGCGGCGUACCUUUUCCUGCCGGUAUUCUUCAAACUGCAGGCCUGCAGUGCCUAUGAGUACCUGGAAAUGCGUUUCGGCAAGAAAACGCGCCUUGCGGCUUCACUAGCGUACACUCUGCAGAUGAUUCUCUACAUGGGAAUCGCGGUGUACGCUCCGGCACUGGCUCUACAAGCAGUUACCGGACUGGAUCAAACGUACUCCAUCCUGGCGAUUGGAAUAGUUUGCACCUUUUACUCAACUAUCGGUGGGAUGAAAGCAGUGCUGUUCACUGACGUUUUCCAAUCGAUUUUGAUGUUUGCCGCCAUCUAUGCGGUCAUUAUCUGUGCUGCCGUUAAAGCUGGAGGCCUGGCACCUAUCUGGGAAGCGGCAGAGAAGGGUGGACGAUUGGAACUUUGGAACUUUGAUCCAGAUCCAACAGCAAGACACACCUGGUGGUCGUUGGUCAUCGGUGGAAUGUUCACCUAUCUAUCGUUGUAUGCGGUUAACCAGACACAAGUUCAACGGUUACAGACCGUUAAGGAUCUCAAAUCAGCUCAGCGUGCUUUGUGGCUCAACUGGCCAAUUCUCUCACUUUUGAGUCUGAGUACUUCCUUCAGUGGCCUGUGCAUCUACUACUUCUAUAGCACUUGCGAUCCUCUCGUACAAGGUCGUAUCAAAGUACGCGAUCAAACCAUGCCACUAUUCGUAGUGGACGCUAUGAGCAAUCUGCCUGGUUUGCCAGGCCUGUUCGUUUCCGGAAUUUUCUCCGCCAGUUUGUCGUCUGUCUCGGCUGCACUAAACUCACUAGCUGCUGUCACCCUUGAGGAUUACCUGAAGCCUUUAUAUGCGAAGAUCAAGAAAAGACCUCUACCAGAUAUGCAGUCAAGUUAUCCUACGAAAAUUAUGGCUUUCCUGUACGGAAUGAUAUGUCUCGGAGUUGCGUUCCUUGCGCAGUUCAUGGGCGGCGUCUUGCAGGCGUCCCUGACCAUAUUCGGUGUAGUCGGAGGUCCGCUCUUUGCGCUUUUCACCAUGGGAAUGUUCACCAAGCGAGCAAAUCAACGGGGCGCCAUUACAGGUCUUGCUCUGGGUAUAGCGUUUUCUCUGUGGAUAGGUUUCGGUCAGCCAAGGCCUGCACCGAAGAUGUUGGAUUUUUCAGUCGAAGACUGUGAUCGCUUCGGUGGUUUCAACAAUACCACGCCAAUGGUGAUGGCACUCAAAGCAAAUCAACCGGACUCAGACUACUUCUACCUUUACCGAUUGUCCUAUCUCUGGUCGGUCGUAAUGGGAUACAUACUAACUUUUGUGAUAGGCUACGGUAUGAGUCUGAUCCUUAUCUGGUUGGGAUACCAAGGAACGGAUCGAAUUUACCUCGAUAGUUCUAAAACCUGCAUCAAUACGGAUUUGUUUUCACCACCUGUGGCGAAACGCAUGAGGCGAGCCCUUGCCAAACAUAUUGAAAACGGAGGCGAUAUUGAGAUCAUCAAAAGGAACGGACUAAUCAAAUCGGAUUUCACCCACAUUUGAUGACUUUUCAUCCAUUUCCUCUGCCACGCAAGCAAGGCUAGACUGUCCGUACCCUCACAAACCGUUGGGGAAGAACUGUAGAAAACAUAAGUUUGCAAGAGACUGACGCGAGAAAGAGACCGUGUAUGUGUGACCCCAUGAUACGUUUCAACCAGCAAAAUCUACAUCCCCCCUAUAGUAUCAUUCUUCGUCUCACAGUUGCUACAUGGCACAAACAACUAUUUAUGAUGGGUGCUGUUUUAGAGGCCCCAAUCGCAUUUUACAGAACGAUAGUAGCGAGAACCAAACCGAAGUCUUCCAAGAAUGAUCGCAAAGAUCAGCAACAAUAAGGGUAGGAGAAAUAGUUACUUCUUUUGAAUCGUAGGAAUUUAGAGUGCGAAACUCAAGGUAUAAUUGCAGCGGAAUUACUUAACUGUUCUAGGAGCGUUCUAUUAUGUUUAGAUUAAUUUAUUUCUUACUCAACGAAUUUUCAGAAAGGUGCGAAAAGCGUCUUAAAGCAGUGUAGGCAAGCUUUUCGAGUUUUUUUUUUCCUGUUUUCAAAUAUGAUGUAAUGUGAUGUUUGACACACCGCCAGAGAGAUUGUUAUGUUGUAAAAACUGUGGUGUAGCUAUGAUGUUGAUUAUAUAGUGUAUAUGAACCUGUUAAAACAGGCUACGAUCAA